GUGGCGUGCAUCGCGUGGGCUCCUGAGCACCAAGCUGCUUGGAGUGGGACAGCAGUGGGAAUAUCAACAUCCACAGCUGCUGUUGCUGAUCAGGAAGGGGAGAGAGCACCCCCAGAGGCACCAUGCGUGAGUGCAUCUCCAUUCAUGUUGGCCAGGCUGGAGUUCAGAUUGGAAAUGCAUGCUGGGAACUCUUCUGUCUGGAGCACAGGAUUCUUCCAGAUGGCACCUUCAGUGAACUUCACAACACAGUCAACAGUGAUGACUCCUUUGCUACAUUUUUCAGAGAGACGGGCACUGGAAAACACGUACCGCGGGCUAUCAUGGUGGAUCUGGAGCAAACUGUAGUAGAUGAAGUGCGGGCUGGCACGUACCGUCACCUUUUCCAUCCAGAACAGUUGAUCACUGGCAAGGAAGAUGCAGCUAACAACUAUGCCCGUGGUCACUACACCAUUGGGAAAGACAGGAUCGAGCUGACAUUGGAUCGUAUUCGGAAACUGGCUGACACCUGCGCUGGCCUCCAAGGAUUCCUGAUUUUCCACAGCUUUGGCGGGGGCACAGGCUCUGGCUUUACCUCCUUGCUGAUGGAACGCCUGUCCGUGGACUACGGCAAGAAAUCUAAGCUGGAGUUUGCCAUCUAUCCAGCCCCCCAGGUUUCCACAGCUGUGGUGGAGCCCUACAACUCUAUCCUCACCACCCACACCACCUUGGAGCAUUCUGACUGUGCCUUCAUGGUGGACAACGAGGCCAUCUACGACAUCUGCCGCCGGAACCUGGACAUUGAGCGCCCCACGUACACCAACCUGAACCGUCUCAUCAGCCAGAUCGUCUCCUCCAUCACCGCUUCCCUUCGCUUUGACGGUGCUCUCAACGUGGACCUGACUGAGUUCCAGACCAACCUGGUGCCCUACCCUCGCAUCCACUUCCCGCUGGUGACCUAUGCACCCAUCAUCUCCUCCGAGAGGGCCUACCACGAGCAGCUCUCUGUGGCCGAAAUCACCAGCUCUUGCUUCGAGCCCAACAACCAGAUGGUGAAAUGUGACCCCCGCCACGGGAAGUACAUGGCCUGCUGCAUGCUGUACCGUGGCGAUGUGGUGCCCAAAGACGUCAAUGUUGCGAUCGCUGCUAUCAAGACCAAGAGAACAAUCCAGUUUGUGGACUGGUGUCCCACUGGCUUCAAGGUUGGCAUCAAUUACCAGCCCCCUACCGUCACCCCCGGAGGAGACCUUGCCCAAGUGCAGCGUGCUGUUUGCAUGCUCAGCAACACCACAGCCAUCGCCGAAGCCUGGGCAAGGCUAAACCACAAGUUUGACCUUAUGUUCGCCAAGAGAGCAUUUGUGCAUUGGUAUGUGGGCGAAGGCAUGGAGGAAGGGGAGUUUGUAGAGGCUCGAGAGGACCUGUCAGCGCUGGAAAAGGACUAUGAGGAAGUGGCCACUGAUUCAUUUGAGUCAGUAAAUGACGGCGAGGAACUUUAAAAAUACAAUUUGCUCCUCUCUGUGCA